CUACGGUAGCGCCUCGGAGCUAGAGCGUUGGGACGGUGGCCGUGGAGGGUCAAUGCGGUAGCGAAGUCGUUCUGAGUAGAGGGAGUCCCGCCGCAGGCAUGGAGACGCUGUACCGGGUGCCGUUCUCGGUGCUGGAGUGCCCCAACGUGAAGCUGAAGCGCCCGGGCUGGGUCCACAUGCCCUCGGCCAUGACGGUCUACGCGCUGGUGGUGGUCUCUUACUUCCUCAUCACCGGAGGAAUAAUCUAUGAUGUGAUUGUAGAACCUCCCAGUGUUGGCUCAAUGACUGAUGAACAUGGGCAUCAGAGGCCAGUGGCAUUCUUGGCUUACAGAGUAAAUGGACAGUAUAUCAUGGAAGGGCUCGCUUCCAGCUUCCUCUUCACAAUGGGAGGCCUUGGCUUUAUAAUUCUUGAUCGUUCCAAUGCGCCAAAUAUCCCAAAGCUGAAUAGAUUCCUGCUGCUCUUUAUUGGCUUUGUCAGCGUUCUUUUGAGUUUCUUUAUGGCCAGAGUGUUCAUGCGGAUGAAAUUACCGGGCUACUUAAUGGGUUAGUGUGACUGCUGUGAAGAACAGAUUGGAUUUGCUUUUUCAUCUGAAGAGGACUGGAUAAUAAAACCUCCAGAGCCCCAAACACUUCUCCGAAAAGACAAGAAAAUAGAGAGUGGACUAAGGACAAGGCUGAUUUCUCAUUUCUUCUUAUAUAAAGAGCAACAUUUGUUUUUUACAAUUUGUUUAACAGAUUUGUGUCUAUUUUUCUCCACUGUGAAAAAAAAAGUUAUGUUGAGGUGUGUCACUGACAUAAAUGUAAUUGCAUUACAAAGUGACAACACCGGUUUUCUUCUAUUCUCUCCUUCCAUUAUACAAGCUCAAAUUAAUAAUUUUGUACAUCCUUUUUACACCAUGUCUUGUUUUGUCUCUUCAUGAGAGAAUAAAUUGUGUAAGUUAGGAGGGGAGAAUAGUAAUAGACUUUUUAAAAUAUGUCAAUAAAUUGGAAAUAAGAGUUUGUCACCAAAGAGUUUGAUCUAGAGCAAAAAAACCAAGGAUAGCAGGUGGUUUUGUGGCUAUCACUGGGUAAUUCAGUCCAGCCUGACAGUGCUAAUCACAUUUUGAGAACAUGGAAUCAGAGAGAAUUGGAAAGUUGUGGAGAAUACAUAAAUACUUCCACCCUCCCAAAUAGAUGAUUGAUGCUGUAGCGUAGAAUACUUCGCAUGGUGCACAGAGUGGGAAGGAGCACGGCUUCAUGUCAGUUUGGAUGCUUGAUAAUGUACAUUUGUAAUGGCAGUGAAUCUGGCCUGUUUUUGGAGAUUUAUUAGUUUCUCUGUAUGGGCCAUGUGUGUUCUGCCAAAGACAUGUCUUGGGUAACCUUACCGUUGACCUGAACGAUAGUAGGUUAACAUGUGCAAAGGAAAGUCCACAUAUAAUUAAGAGAUUGGGGAAAACAUGCAAAAUUAUGUGAAAGUAGUUCUUCCUUUCCAAAAAUAUGACAUAUUAAACAUCUUUUCUACUAAA